AUGGCCCCGGCUCGCAGCCCUGCCGGAGCAGGCCUGCUGUCCGUCUGCACGGGGCUCCUGCUCGUGUGCGCUGGGCUCGGUGCCCCGGAGCCUGCAGGGAGCCACACGCGCCCGCGGUCCCCACCCGGGGCCCUGCUGCCCGCCGAGAGUAGCGCGCACCCCGCCAUGCGCCCGCCGGUACCUGGCACAGAGCGCACACACAGUGUAGAUCCCCGGGACUCCUGGAUGCUGUUCACAAGACAGAGUGGUAAGGGCGUAAACGGCAAGAGGAAUGGAGGCAAGGCCCGGAGGCUGAAGCUCAGCCUGCAGGGGCCUCCUGGGCCCCCUGGCCCCCAGGACCCACCGGGCCCCCUGAUCCUGCCAGAGGCACUGCUAAAGGAGUUCCUGCUGCUGCUGAAAGGAGCUGUGCGGCAGCGCGAGCGCAUGGAAAGCAAGCUGUGCAUGCGGGGCCCCGUUGAGUCCACGGCUACCCAGGACAAUGAGGAUGUGGAGCUGGUGCUGUUGGCCCCAGCCCUGCGUGUGGAGGUUGCCUUCCUCUGCCGCCUGCGCAAGGACACAGUGGUGGAGCGGCGCACACUGCAUGAGCUUGGCAUCUAUUAUCUGCCAGAUGCCCAGGGCGCCUUCCACCGCGGCCCAGGCCUAAACCUGACCAGCGGCCAAUACACAGCACCCAUGGCCGGAUUCUACGCACUCGCUGCCACGCUGCACGUGGUGCUGCCUGAGCUGCCCAGGCGGGCUUCACCACGCGCCCGGGACCGCCUGCGCCUACUCAUCUGCAUCCAGUCCCGCUGCCAAGGCAACGUCUCCCUGGAGGCUGCUGUGGGCCUGGACAGCGGCAGUGAGUUCUUCACUACCUCCGUCAAUGGUGUGCUGUACCUGCAGGUGGGCCAGUACACCUCUGUCUUCCUAGACAACGCCAGCAGCUCCACCCUCACUGUGCGCAGCGGCUCCUACUUCAGUGCCGUUCUCCUGGGUGUGUGAACGGCCGCCCAUCUUCUCCUGAGCAAGUCUGCAGAGGUGUGGGCCUGACAGUGGCCACACACAGGUGAAGCACAAGCCAGUGUCCCCGACAGCAGCUUCCUGAUGUCGACUUGCAAAGGGGAAGGCUGGCAUCAUUCUGGGAAGGGCCAGCACCCACAGCACCUGCCACACCCUGCUACAGCCUGGUGGAGCAGGGUCAGAGCCGAGGGGCCCUCAGCAGCUCUGCCUGUCCCAGCUGGCCCCACUCACCCCUUGCACAGUAGCCUGCAGGGCCCUGGUUGGCCUGCUGGACCCAAGGCUCACCGAGAACACUUGGCACAGCAGCUCAGGGACUGCAGGGAUGCGGGACAGGACCUCCAGGAGACUGAGGGCCAGUACCUGUGAGCACAGUGACAGCCUUCCUUGAGGUUGCUGCUCACCAACAUCUUUCCUGUGCCAAGGUUCUGCUCACCACUAGGCCUUGGAGAGACACAGCAUACCCUGAGCAUGCACCCCAGCCAGGCGCUGACUGCCACAUGGGUGGUGAGGGCCAGUGGCCCAGGGAUGGUUACCGCUACCCUGGCAUGUACUGUGGGCUGUCUGGUGGGAAAGUGAUAGCUGGGCCCCUGAGGAGACCUAAGACUGGCCCCAAGCAGGCAGUAACUGUGCUGAGAACCAGGAGUGGCCUCCUGGCUGGCAUGUGCAGACCUGGGGAAAUGGGACAGCAGUCAGUCACAGCACCAGCCAGGUGGCCUCAGAACAAGGUGACCACGGCCAGGUCCAAGGAUCCCGGCUCCCAGGCCCGUACUCCAGAGCCAAGCAUGCCAUACCAGGCAGCCCAACGAUGCCACAGACCAAAUGUACCACCCGCAGCAGGCCUAUUCUCAGUAGGACUGGAACCCGCCCUACCAGGAAGUGCCAGUGGCCCAUCCCAGCUCCACCCUGUGCCGAUAAAGUGGCACAGGCACUCCCUUCUCCGGCUUACUUGGUACCCAGUGGGCAGAUGUGUUAUCUUUUACCCCAAGAGGUCACAUGGGCACCUAUCUCAUUCUCCCCACAUGUGCGUGGAAUGCAGCAGCCUGCCAGGGUCUUGUAGAACACGACCUGGAUGUGUGUCACGCAAUGACAUGAAGCUGCAACCCAAGGGCAGAGCUGACUCAGAACCACUGUUCACCUGGGCUGGCCUUGGAGGUGGCAGGGAGGGCCUCCUGGGGAGGCCACA